AUGGAGCUGAGACCCAACAGAAGAGCUCUGAGUGAGAUUAAUCAGAAUUUAGUGGGAGCUCAUCCCCAUCCAUAUCCCUGUGUUGUAAACAAGAGAGGCUUAUUGGAGAAAAUUGGGAUUUGUGAUAAGAAUCCUCCAAUUCAAGCACAUAGGCCAAUCACAAGGAAAUAUGCUGCACAGAUGUCAAUCUUGCGGCAACCCUGUCCAGAGGUAGUGAAGAAGCCAAAGACAUCAGUGAAUGAGUUCGCUAUAUUGGAGGAUACUCCUCUUGCAGAUGUAAAGAAUAAUGGAGCAGUUAAAGACCAACCUGUGCCCAUGUCUUUGGAACAAACAGAAACAGAAAUCAGUGAAAACAAUCAAAUGGAGGAGGUUGAAAUGGCAGACAUCUUCGAAGAGACCAUUAUGGAUAUAGACAGUGAUGAUUCAAAGAAUCCACUUUCAGUUGUCGACUAUGUCGAAGAUCUAUACAAGUUCUACAAGAAAAUGGAGAGUUGUAGCUGUGUUGCCCCAGGAUAUAUGGCACAACAAUUUGAAAUCAACGAAAGGAUGAGGGCCAUUCUCAUUGACUGGCUCAUAGAGGUACACCACAAAUUUGAACUUAGGGAAGAAACAUUGUUUCUAACUGUGAAUUUGAUAGAUCGAUUUUUAGCAAAGCAAACUGUGGUGAGAAAGAAGCUGCAGCUAGUUGGUCUGGUUGCCAUGCUAUUGGCAUGCAAAUAUGAGGAAGUUUCCGUUCCAGUUGUAGACGAUCUGGUUUUAAUUUCGGACAAAGCUUACGCAAGAAAAGAAGUCCUUGACAUGGAGAAGUUGAUGCUUAACACUUUGCAGUAUAAUAUGUCUGUUCCAACUGCAUAUGUUUUUAUUAGAAGAUUUCUCAAGGCUGCUCAGUUUGAUAGAAAGCUGGAGCAACUUUCGUUCUUCUUGAUUGAGCUAUGCCUAGUGGAGUAUGAAAUGCUGAGAUAUCCACCUUCCUUUUUGGCUGCUGCUGCUAUAUAUACAGCUCAGUGUACACUUUUUGGUGAUGGGAAUUGGAGUAAGACCUGCGAGAGGCAUACCUCCUAUUCAGCAGAUCAACUACUCGAAUGCUCUAGACGUAUUGUGGGCUUCCACCAAAACUCAGCAACAGCCAAACUUACCGGGGUUCAUAGAAAGUACAACAUAUCAAAGUUUGAUUAUGUAGCAAAAUCUGAACCCGCAAAUUUUCUUCUUGUACAAACCCCACCACAGUAG